UUGUAUUUUCAUUUCAUGCAGAAGUCAAUAACAGGAAUAUAUUUAGGGAUUCGUAAUUCCCAAGCAAUGCGUAAUUGAAGGGAUUUUACUCGUAGACAUUGCGAAAACAAUGUCUGGGAGUAUGCAAGACACUUGCCAAUGGUUGUCUGUUACAGAAGAAACGCUGUUUUUGCAUGAUGGGUUGAUAAGGGUGACAGAUUUGGUAGAACUUCCUCGAGAUGUCAACAACUCUCAUGAAGCGGAUAAUGAAGUCAUAAGUUUUGAUGUAAAGAACCCGAAAGAACUCAGCAAUCGUCUUCUUGCUGUCUGUGGAACUCAAAACAAUGCUUAUUCGAAGUUACUAGAAUAUCGUUUAAAUGCAUUGAAGGGGUAUUGGAAUGCUCAAAGACAAGUUGUCCUUGAUGAACAAAAUGAAAGAGAGGCUUCCAGCAGCGAAGAAACCCUAGCUAUACUGAAAAAGCAAGGUUUAUACAAAGAACCAGAGCAGGCAUCCUUUUCUACAAGGAUCAGUGUUCUCCUUGUGUUACCGUUAUUACAGUCCCAGAGCAGAAUAGACCCGAGCUUGUGUGGUGUUACAUCAGAACUCUUACUGAAUUGUCUGAGGGAUUGUGCUCCUCUCAGUUUAUCAAAGGAACCAGGAGACUGUUUAAGGGGUCUUGAAAAUCUGUUGUGUAGCUGGUUGGGAGAGAAGACAAGUGAUGAGAAUGUGAAAGUUGCAGAAGAUGUACACCAACGAGAAAAUAUUGCAUCAGCUUUGGUUGCAUUAGCAUGUGCAAGAGGGCACUUAAAAACAUUCACUCAUGCUGUGCACUUAUUGCAAAACCUCCCAAAUCUUGAUACGCUGCAAAUUAGUGAUGUUUUGGCAAAAUUACUGGAUACAGAAGGAGGACCUGGCCAGCCUACCUCUAUUCUAGGAAGUAAACAUAUAUUGUGCUGGGGAUUUGAGGACUUAUUAAGUACACCAGAGAAGGAGACCCCUGCAGCCCCAGCAAAUGAGAAGGAAAAAGAAAAAUCGGAAGCAGAGAUUGGUAGAAGUUUAGCAUGUGAUGGGGUUUUCCUCUUCACAACAAACUCUCAGGGCAGAGCUCUGGCUAAGGUUGGAUCAGGUCUCCAUGGAACAUUAAGGGGAUAUGUAUACAGUAGGAAUUUACAGCUGGGACCAGGAAAGAUUGCUUACGGUCAUGGACUACUCAUUUACAGACCUGCUGCAUUUGAUUCAGAGGCUGAAAAUUCAAAUUUUUGUCAGAUUCUAGAUCCGAGUUCACUAAAGCCUAUGAAAACUUUACCUACACCUCAUGGUUAUAAAAAUGAAGGACCUCAGACAACGAUUGGAUUUUGUUCAGAUGGACGCUUCUUCUUCUGGAUCUGGGUGCCAAUUCUCCCUGGUGACAAAAAUGCCAAAGGAAUACCAGUUUACAUGGAAAUGUUUGAUGUUGAUGAAGACAAAGAGGUUGUUAUUCCUAUACAGCCUCAAGUGACACUGGUGAAAAAAGAUGAUGGUGGUGCUAAAAGUUUAAAUGAGAGCUUUCUAUCUAAACUCCGUCCAUUCCGAGGCAGUACCUCAGCCGCCACACUUGUAGCUUUAACAGGAGGGGAUCCUCUGUCCACCAAAAAAGAGGAGUCAGCAUCAGGAGCCGUAGGAAGUACAUCUUGUUCUAUAUUGAUGAAGAACUUGAUGAAGAGCCCAGUGUUCUGUGAUGGCACUACAUUGGUGCUACUGACCAGUCCAGCAGGAGCCAGCAAUAGUACGUCCACUACACGGUCACUGUUUGGAGGAGGGGGCAGUUUGUCUGGACUUAGAUUACUUGCUAGUAACAUGUGCUUCACGGUAGAGACGGGUCAGUUUAACACCAGAUCAGACCUCAGUGAUGCCCCCACCUGUGCCCUCGGGAGGGGCGCAGCAGUGCAGGGACUGGGUGUGUGUUUUGAUGUGAGGAAUAACAUGAUAUGGACCUGCAGCUCUGAUUGGGUGGACCAGUUCUUUAAUCCAGGUCACCAGUCUGCACAUCACAUCCACAGAAGGUUAAAGGUCACAGACCAGGUCAUCUUACCACCAGAAGGAAGUGUCCCCACCCCUAAGGCCAUGAGGUGUAUGCUACAGCACGUGGGGAGUAUGUGUCUACACCAGAUAAAUAACGACCUGUUACACAGCCCCCUGGGAAGCUGCAUCCUACAGCAGCAUUCUGUGGACAUUGUUCAGCUGCGACGGAUUUACGACAUACUACAACAAGCCAUGACAGUUCAGGACCCCCAGACCAUCAUCUGUAGUCUUAUUGUCAUGCAGUUGUUGCUUAAGAUAAGUUUGUUCAAGCAAGAAAGACCAGCAGAGAUUCAAAUUCUCAAAGAAACCAGGGAACUUUUGUGGAAAUUACUGACCAGCUACUGCUCUGAGGUCAAGGACACACAAAUUCUGGAGGAAACGUGUCAUGUGAUCACAGUAGGCAUAUCAGUCCUAUAUCCCUCGACUACUGACAAAAACCAGCUGAUGCAGACUCUACUGUAUGAUGGCAAGAACAACAUAGCACUUCAAUCAUUGAGAGAUCUCAUUCUUGUGGAUUUUGCUGAAAAGCUCAGGGCACAAGCUGUGGAAAAAGAGGGAACUAGAUAUCUUAGAUUAUCAGAUGACUUAGUGUUCCACAUUCUUAAAGUCACGGUUCAGGAAUCCAGUAAGCUUCUCAGUGAUGCUGCUAACUUGGACAAGACCAAUUUUGAGCAGAUGUUGUCUUCUUUGCCUAUUGCCUCCCCUUGUCUACGAUACAUGAUGGCCCUGCAAUCUCAUCUCCUGAGAGAAACUGUGUUGAUGAAACAGAGUACAGAAAACUCAUCACCAGAGCAAGAUAAGAACAUGCAGGAACUGAUGAUAGCAAUAGCAAAAUUAGCAUCAAGAAUUUUCUCUGGAUCUUGUGAGGUGCUAGAAGUUUUAAUAACAACCUGCAAUGCUGUCAUCCACAAAUUCAAGGAAGAAAGAGAGGUUAGACUCCAGGGCCUGGAGCGCAUUGCCAAGGCCACCAUUCUGGGACACUUACUACCAGUCUUGCUGACCGCCAUGAACCAUGUCAAUCUACAUUGUCUCCCCCUGGCUGAUGAACUGAUGCCCAAACUUGUCAACCUGGUUGUGCUCUCAAGUCAGGCUGCUCUGCUUCUGAAGAGUCAUGUUGAGGCUGUGAUGCAGGAUGACCUAGAUUCUGACACGGACACACACGUCAUGGAACUGAUGGCUCCCACAGUGGAUAUAGAGGAUGUAACUAGUGAGGACACCGAGGAGCAAGGCUUUUUAGCUGGAUUGAAAAUCCCGGCCCCCUGGUCCUCUGGGAAGACAGUAGAAAGCAUCCACCCAGUGAGGGACAACUACAGGUUUAAGGAGACGGUACACAUCCCCGGGGCCAGGUGCCUGUAUCUGAGAUUUGACCCCAGGAGUUCCUCCCAGUAUGAUUAUGACAAGCUUGUGAUUUAUGCUGGCCCAACCACAAAUUCCAAGAAAGUACUGGAAUAUGGAGGGAACACAUUUGGAUUUGGGAGUAGGAGUGUCCUAGGAUCAGGCUGGCCAAAGGACUUAGUAAAAGUUGAUGGGGAUACAGUGACAUUUUCUUUUGAGAUGAGAAGUGGACGUGAACACAACACACCUGACAAAGCCAUGUGGGGAUUUCUCGUCACAGUCAGAGCUCAGGAAUCCACAGAGGAGGUGUCCAGUGGUCUACCCUUCCUAGCUGAUUUGGCCCUGGGUCUUUCUGUCCUAGCCUGCACCAUGUUACAGCUACUGUACAGAGGCCCUGAAACAACACAGCAAGAAGUUAACUGUCAGCAUCUCCUAAAGUCUAAACUUUUACAAAGGUGUGUAUGGCAGUCAGGAUCAGAUCCAGAUGUCCUCAUGGAUAGUCCGUCCUCAACUGAAGACUCCGCGGACUCCUCAUUGGCCAGAAUUCGACUCUCUGCAGAAAUCCUCCAGAACCUUAGAAAAUUGUGUAGGCGACAGGCACCUCAGCUGAGACCCAGCAUCAGAGACGUGAUUAACCCAGAAGAUCUGGAGGAGAGAAUUGUGUCAGCAGUACUGAAGCACUUGUCUCUCCAGGAAACAGUAUUCAGACUGGCAAAGGCCGAGAACCAGCAAACUGAAGAGUUUAUAUUACUGAGGGCUGUUAUUCAGGAAGUGUACACCAAGAUAGAUGCCUUGUUAAGACAGCUUCAGAGUCUGGCUGAGCUAGAACAAAGAUGGCACAGUGAAGUGAUGGACCACAAAGAAGGAAAUACCACUGUCCCACCUUUCUUUGCUGAUUUCCAUCUUCAAGAGACAAAAGCAAAGGAACUUGCCAUGCUGUGUUUUAUGAAGGAAGUCCCAUUAGAAUCUGACAAUGAAAGGGCCGUAAAAAGUUUAAGGGAGAAAUUUGACAAUGACAUUGGAGAUGAAACCUUCACCUCAGUGAAAUCUGUCAUGCCUAGGACUCAGCACAUCAUGAAGGGCCUCAGGGCCAGACUUGACUUACUUCUGCAGGUUACCAUAGCACCAGGGGAGGGGUUACAUGUGUCAAGGUCCAUCUCAAAUAACCAAGAAAGUGUGUUAGGAGUAAUGGUGAGAUCAGAUACAGAUGUAUUAGCCCAGAUGACCAGGAGUGUCUCAGUCCCAGCUGGUGUGGAAAGUUUCCAGGACGACUCAAUACUAGACAUUACUGUUAAACAAAGGAAAAGGAAAACCCAUCGCCGGACCCCAUCUAGUGUUCUCCAGGACUUGGUGGAUGGAGAGGGACGAGACAAACCUCCUCAUACUAUUCUGAUUGAUCAGCUGUUCUCAUUUAUUGGGAGCAAUCCUGAAAAAGCUAUAUCGCCCAAAGAUUUCUUGUCAGCAGCAGCGACUCGACUAAAGAGAGGAAAUACUCGUAAACAAGCAUUAAUCCACAUGAAGGAGCUGUUGACAGCAGCCACAAAAGUGGGCGGGGCCACACAUCUAGUGGCAGCUGUCACUUCUGUCCUGCAAUCUGGACCCUGUGUUGAGGAGCUGACCUGUGGAGGAAUGGUUCCACAAGUGAGGGAAGCCUUCGCUGAGACAAUGACAGCUGUAGUACAACUGGCCGCCAAGUACCCCAUAGCCUGCUCCAACAGUAUAGGACUUCUGUGUACAAUACCUUAUACCAGAGCUGAGGAGAAGUGUCUGGUGAGGUCAGGUUUAGUUCAUCUACUGGACAAGUUAUGUAGCCUGGCCAACCUUAGAUCAGACACAUCAGAGACUCAGUCUGUCAAUCAAAAGGUGUCGGCAAUGGCGUGGGCAGGGUUUCAGGUCCUGGCCAAUCGCUGUGUCAUGUGGGAGACAGAAGAUGGAAGUCAGAUAGAAGAGCUAGAACACUCGGGCCUCGCUCGUCAGGUGUCUGUGUUAUUGACCAAUCAUCUUGCCCGAGCCACGGAGUGUAUUGGUAACGAGGCAGCGGGGACAGAGGCUCUACAGGACGUACUGAGUCUACUGAACACCUUGGCCCGGAGUCGUAUGGGGAGGGCCAUACUUAGUCAGCCAGCCUGUGUGUCAAAACUACUUUCACUGUUACUGGAUCAGAGACCCUCUCCUAAGCUAGUCCUGAUCAUUCUUCAGCUGUGUCGCGUGGCCCUGCCCCUGAUGAACACCGCUGACUGUGAGCUGGUAGAACUCCCCGUCUGGGGCCAGCAUCUGACCACCACUCACUGGAACACCUCCGAACCCAUCUCGGAUCCUCCCGCCAAAAUCGUCAGCCUCCUUCUUGCCAAGCUGGGAGACUUUCUUGUACCUGGUGAUUAUGCUACUCUGGUGAGCCGACGCCCCUCUGUGGACUUGACCCAGGGUAAACCCCAGACAGGGGACAAAGAAAAGUCGGAGGAAUCAGACAUUCAGGCGGGAAAGUUAUCUGUGUUCAUCCACAAGAGGGAGGAUCAGUUAUCUCAUGAAGUCAUUCAACCUCUGCUGGGGUCAGAUAACAGGCCAUUUAGAAUUGGAGGAGGUGCUAACAUGGAGAGAGUUGUUCGUAUGGACAGAGAAAUGACAAAGAGUGGUAAAGCAGAGGUCACAACAGAAGAUGCCAUAACUGCUCUGAAGAAGGCAGCUAAAUGGGCACAGAUGGGCUUAGUGGUGUCAACAGGCCCACCAGUGGAGAGUGGGCAGGCUGAUACGCCCACUGGGGACAAAAAGAAACAACCAGUGGAUGUAGUGUGCAGGGAGAAAAAUACAGAACUAGCAAGGACUGACCCAAUAAGACCCUUCAUCAGUGGACAUGUUGCUAACAACAUGGCUACAGAAGUGAUAGCUCUCCUUCAUGGUCUGUUGAAUGCUCCUGAGACACACACGGCUCAGUCAUGGUCUCAAGCUGUUCAGAGGGUACUUCACAACUCCCUGUCCUGCCUGCCCCUGUUGCUGGCCUCUUUGGACACCCUGUCGUCUCCUCGCUGUAACAACAAACAACUCAUGUCCAUGUCUAAGAUGGCUAACGCCGCUCUUUGUGCACUAGGAGGCUUCACAGAGAUGAUCAAACCAGGCUGUGAAGUCAAAAUGCUAGGACCAGGAAUAGAUGAUAGUCGUGGUUCAGUGAUAAGUGUGUCAGAACAGACAGGGAUGGUCACGGUUCAGUUAGAUCCAGAGACAGAGGAGGAUAGGCAUCCACGCUUCAGCGACACCAUUCAGGUUCCAUUAACCAGGCUCAUCCCUGUCAGAAAUGAGAUCUACAAAUCUGCCAAUGUGCCAGUGACAGAGUCCCUAGUGAUGGCCAUUAAAGCCAUUCUCCUCCCUCAGGAUGACGGGACCUGUCCCCUCCAGCAGACCCUGCCAGUCACGGGGGACGGUAACAGCCUCAGCAAUCAGGUGUGUCGCGUCGUGGCAGAGCUUCAGACUCGAGCCUGCAUGGUGCUCGCUCAGUAUCUACAGGACAUUGAGUUUACCAAAGAGUUCAUUCAGCAUUGUGGAUCUACCAUUGAUAUUCUGAAGUCACUAGCAAAGGAUUGUAAUUCAGGAGAUAGACUCUCUGUGGUUGAAGCCCACUGCAACAGACUGAGGCUAUUAUACAGGGAUUGUGCUAAACCUCCACCCCCACCGAGCAAGCUUGACAGUCGAGCUAAUCAGGAGAUGUUGCUGGACGCCAAUCGAUCCUUCCCCCCUGUGCGGGCCUCUGUCUUCUCUCAGGGUAUGACAGGAGUGACCUUCCUUGGUGACCCCAGUACAGGAAGUGGACUACCCAGGGGCACCAUGAUCUAUGCCAACCAACCAGUUCCACAACAGGCUCCUGCAUUUUACUGGGAGUUGGAGAUCUGUUCAUUUGGAGACAGUCAGGAGGAGAGUGGAGCUGUCAUCUCGUUUGGCUUCGCUCCGUCAGCUGACAAGAAAGAUGGAGCCUGGACUAACCCUGUAGGAACAUGUCUCUUUUUAAACAAUGGUAAGGCCGUCCACUAUAACGGGGCCAGUCUUCUUCAGUGGAGGAGUGUGAGACUGGACAUCACCCUGAAUGCUGGGGACAUAGCAGGUAUAGGAUGGGAGAGGACAGGAGAGUCCCCUGUCCAGGGACAGACCCCAAGGGGUAGGGUCUACUUCACGUAUAACGGACAUCGCCUCAAUGCCUAUAUGGAUGAUGUUUCUGGUGGAAUGUAUCCUGUUGUACAUAUCCAGAAAAAGAACACAAGAAUCAGAGCAAACUUUGGAACCAGGCCGUUUGCUUUUGCUGAAGGACAGCAACAUAAGGAGGCGGCUGAUGCAGCGAAUGACUUGACGAGGGAGAUCAGGGAGAGUUUCUGUCACCUGCCAUUCCACCCCCACACUGACAGUGAGAACGAGGGAAGCCCCCAGCCCAGCCCUGAUACCUCCAUGGUGGAGGAAAUCAAAGCCCCGAAAGGACCCCCGUGUAAAACUGCAACCAUACCAAAACCACAGAAUGUAUACAACCCAGAAGACUGUCUAGCUUUCAAACUGUUCAGUUGCUAUGAUAAUUUUGUGACGACUGGACCGGAUCAGCGAGGACCGGUGAUGCAGGACGAUGAGUCAGACGAGGAGACAGUGGAGGAGGACAACGGGUCUGAGGACCACUACGCCCUCCUGGUCAAGGCCUGGGAACAGAAGGUGUUCCCCGUCAUCAGACGGAGGUUCAGAAACGAGGCAGAGAGGAAGGAUGGUUUGGAGCAGAUCAGAGGAGCACUACAAUUAGGUAUGACAGAUAUUGCUCGACAAACAGUGGAGUUUCUUUAUGAAGAAAAUGGAGGAAUACCACGAGAUCUCCACCUGCCCACUAUAGAGAACAUUAAGGAGGAUCUAGCUAAGUUUACCAUAGAGAGAGUGAGGAAGGGCACCACCGUGGUGAUCAGGAACACCGCAGAAACCUCCACCGCAGGCACCACUGUACUGCCCAAGUUUGCUGUCCGCAGUAUGCUCAAAACAUUUGGUCUGACUGGAAAUGUCCUAGAUGUUGACAAUUCUAAUGAGAUUGUACAAGUUGAGGUGUACCUGAGAAGUGAGGGUGUCCUGGUGAGGUUCUGGUACCCUAUAGAGAUGUUAGAGAGGCCCCCACAGGGACUGAGGAAGUCCAGCAUCACCGGGGGUCAGAUACUGGACACUUCUAAUGUCUUCAUACACAGAGAGCUGUUGAGUAGUGAGUCAGUGCUGGCCAAGAUGUUCUGUAGGACAGCUCUACUUAAACUGAUCGACCACUGUAACUCCCCAGCGAUGGAGAUUGUCUCCUGUUCUGCCAGUCUGGGCUCAGGAAUGGCCGCGAGUGCUGCCCUCCUUCAACAGUUAGACAUUGAAAACCUUCAGUUAUUGUCCAAUGAACUUUUAUGUCCACCCCUAACCCAUGGUACUGUCAUGGCAACAAAUCUGACAAAUUCACCCUCAUUGGCCCAGUGCUUAGCCAAUCAGAUGUGUUCUCUUACUAAGAUAUUGUUUAAAGAUGAGGAUAAGUUAAAAAGAGAGUUGGCUGUAGCCAUUGCUAGAGCUGCCAGUCAAGGAGAAGAUUAUUUGAUUGAAUUGACAACCCAGAUCUGCAUAUGCUUCCAGACUGCCCCUGAGAUGUUCCCUUAUGAAGAAUUUCCUGUAACAGAGGUCAAGGUUAACACAGACCUCCACUUCCCAGGGGCAGGGUGUCUGGUGGUGUCCUGUAAAACUGACUCCAAAGCUGCAAAGAAAGAUACAUCCCUGUAUAAGUCCCCAUGGGCCAGAGUGUUUUCUUACACUGGACAGAGGAUUAAAAAGACGGGAAAUGCUGCAAAACUGGAAGUUGUGUGUUAUCCAAGAGACACCACCUCUACCAGUAAUCAGAAUGAACAGUACAGCCCUGCCAUUGUCCCCACUGACAGGGUCCACAUCCGACUGGGUGUCUCCCCACCCCCAGGGAUUAUCCUGACCAUCCAUGCCCUGCCCCCACAGUUUCUGCUGGCUGUGGCUUACAUAGAGACCCUGACAAGUGAGAAGUAUGGCUGUGGCACUAAGAGCUGUGGCCCCAGGGAGAGGUCUAAGAUGACGGACAGUCAGCUGACCCUCCAGAACAAAGAUUGUCAUGACAGUCUAUGGAGUGUAGAUAACAUUGUCAUCUCUCCCCCAGUCUUCAGACACAUGAUUGAACUUCUUUGCAGACAUUUAUGGAUGACAAACACCCCGGCCAUUAUUAAGGAGUACCUGUUCCAUCUGUUGGCCCAGUCUCUGAGGAUCCUCCACUACAGUGAGGGCUGUAACAGCAGUAAGCUCCCCACCCUGAACCCCCAUCUCACCCCCUCCACCGGCCUCCUGGUACAACUUCAGGCCGAGCUCCGCAGACUGUAUGAGGAGGAAACCAAGGGAUGGCAGUCAGGUACUUUAGUGAGUGGAACAGGAAUUGGUAUUGGUGUUUCAGACAAAGGUAGAUUCUCCACGUAUUUCCAUGCUCUGAUGGAGGUAAAUCUGGCCGUGGCAGAGCUGCGAUAUGAUGACUACUUCAAACCUCCUCCCAGUCUUGGUGCUCAGUCCUCCUCAUCCUCUACUCUGGAGACUGCAUCUUCUUCUUCUCUACACCCCCUCAGCAGUCCCACAUCUUCUGCCAAGAGGAAGAAGCUCAAAGCAAAACGAGAUAAAGAGAGAGGAGGAGCCGUGCCUAAGAGAUCCACCACCACUCAGCGUACAAGUGAGAGCGACUCUUCCAUGUCCCUGAGCCCAGCAUCUUCUUCGGAUGUGACUCCAACUUCUUCUUCUGCUUCAGCGGCCUCUGCUUCUCCUUCCACCUCUGGGACUUCUAUGGCCACCGCAGACAGUGAUCCAGGAAAGGGGGAUCCUAGUGGAACAAAUAUCAAAAUGGAGGAUAUUCUGUGGUUACACAGAGCUGUCACUGUAUCCAAAAUCGUCAGGUGCUUGGGAUUCAAGGAGAAGCAUGGCAGACGUUUUCUGAAUGAUGCUGUAUCAGAUGCAGCCAAGACUCUGAGCACCCCCUCUGUGGCCAGUCGCAUGCUGGUGAUCACAGGAAUCCCUCCUAACUCCUCCCCCGAAACAGUAAAACAGGCCAUCAGGGCCUCCUGUAAUGCUAACGGAGGCCUGGACAGAGACGAGAUCUUUUUACCAGAAUUAAAUGUUCCUGCAGAUAUUCCUGAGGUGCCAUCCAUUCCUUCAGGUUCAGUGGAACCCUCCUCAGAACAAGUGUAUGAGGUCCCUAGUGUGGGAAGCCAAGAGAUAACAGAGGAGGAGGUUCCUAUUCAACACAUCAAAGGUUAUGCUGUGAUAAAUGUUGUGGCCAAAGCGAAGCUGGAGAAUGUCAAAAAGGCUCUGUUUAAAAACAAGGUCUUGCUGGGGAGUCUGACCCAGGACCAGGAGGAGGCAGGGGACGUCCCUGAGGAAAUGCUGUCCAUCACCACGGUGAUGCCGACCCUGGUGGGGGAGCCCCAGGCCAACUCAGCAGUAGAGGAGUACCUCCAGUAUAAGUUCUUCAGCGACAAGCAUCAGAAGGAAAUGUCAGACGCAGCCACUCUGGCUCUGACUGAAAUCUUUCACAGUUGUUUUAUUAUGGAGCACAAGCAGGGAGGGAGUGAGAGCAGGCACGACUCGGGAUUCAUCUGUCUAGGGAAGGAUCAGAUCUUACAGAACGUGCAGGAGAAUUUGUUGUGUGUGUUUCUGAACAAUAUUAAACCUCCUAAGAAAUCCUUGGCGGAACAAACCAUGCAUGUGCUGCGACGUUAUGGAAUGUUAAAGUCUCCAGACAAAGAAAUGUCACCAAAUGCCGAUAAGCCUGGAAAAGGGAAACCCUCCAAAAAGUCUCCAAGGGGAUCCAAAGAAAAAGUGGUCCUGGGAGUUGUAGAAAAAGUGAACCAGAAAGAUAAAAAGCCAAAAGGAAAAGACUUUCCAGAAAAAAGUUCCAAGGAGGGUGCCACCUCUGAUCCAGUAUCCACCAAAGGCAUGAAACAGGCCUGGAUGCCAGAGGAGGCUAAGUACUUGACUCUGGAUGGAUUCUUCCAGUUUGUUCUGGAUUCGGCUAAACAAGAUAUCCGCGGAGUAUGGAGAGCCAUUCUGGCUUGCGGAUUUGACAUCCACUUUGAAAGGUGUGCCUGUUUGGACGCCAGUCAGGCGUCCCAGAUGGCCAGUCAGUGGACACCAGAGAUGGACUCGGCCCUGGUCCUACACAUCAACUCCUUGUCCCGGAAGCUAGCAGUAGCCACUGCUCUGUUACAUCCUCACGAAAUCCAUAUCUCAGAGGCAGUCCUCAGUAAUGAAAAGUUCAGCUGCUUACAAGGUGUUCCUUUGGAAAGCAUUCGUUUGAGGUUUGCCCUCCUUCAGUCCCUUAAUAAUACUCUGGAAACCUUCUUCUUGCCCCUGGUGGACCUCAGACCGGCUCAGACGUAUAACAGAAGUACAGCGGCUCUCCUGUCUCAGCUGAGGGGAUUGGUGUUCUAUGAUACCAAGAUUAACCUGAUGAACCGAGUUCUGAAUGCCACCGAACAGAGAAAACAAGACCAGGCAGCACCGGAAAUAACCCUAGAUCCUCUAGAGACAGUAACAAGAGAUGUGAAGAACUGCCCGGCGACCUGGUUAUGUCAGGCCUACAGACAGCUACUGACCGUUCCGUCUCGUCAAUUCUGUGUGAGACUGGCCAGUGGAGGCGACCCAACCUACGCCUUCAACGUCCGCCUCACGGGGGAAGAGGUCCACGGAACAAGUGGCUCGUUCCGACAGUUUUUAUGGCAAGCUGCCAAAGAAAUCAGUGGGCCCCUGGUACGUUUACUGAUUCCCUGCAAUAACUCGGACAACAAAGGUCGCUACAUCUUCAGACCCGGCCCCAUGUCCUACUCAGAGGAAAGGCUUCUACAGUUCUUUGGUCAAUUGCUAGGGAUAACAAUGCGGGCAGACAUUCCCCUGGGAAUGGACAUGUUGUCCUGUUUCUGGAAGCUUCUUGUCGGGACAGAACUGGACCCGGUCCAAGACCUGAAGGAAGCUGACCAACUGACUUACAACUACAUCAAGAAGAUUGAAAUGGUGGAGACAGAAUCUGAGCUGCAGGCUCUGUGUUCGGGGGCCUUCUCCAGAUUUGUGUACUCCUCCCUGGCAGGGGAAGAGGUGGAACUCGUCAACAAGGGGGGAACAGUGCAAGUCUGCUGGGAGAACAGACAGGAAUAUGUGGACGCCAUCAGACGACUCCGAUUCCAGGAACUACUGUGUGAGGACAGGGUUAGGGCAGUACAUUGUGGACUAGCAUCAGUUAUCCCCCUUCAACUGAUGGCCCUAAUGUCCCCACUGGAUCUAGAAAUCAGAACCUGUGGCUUACCAGUGGUGGAUCUAGAUUUUUUGAAGGCCCACACCAUGUAUCAGGUUGGGCUGAUGGAGACUGAUCAACACAUCCAGUAUUUCUGGAACACUCUGAGUGGACUUAGUCAGGAGGACCUGGGAAAGUUCAUCAAAUUCGCCUGUAACCAGGAAAGGAUACCCCAGACCUGUCCCUGCAGGGAUGGGGGUGCCGACUCCACACACGUCCCUCCCUAUCCCAUGAAGAUAGCCCCUCCUGAUGGACCAGGUCAGCCAGACUCGCGAUACAUAAGAGUGGAGACCUGUAUGUUUAUGAUCAAACUCCCCCAGUACUCCAGUCAGGAGAUAAUGACCCAGAGACUUAUGUAUGCCAUUCACUGUCGAGAGGACCCCCUGAGUGGAUAGGGCCACCCCUCAUAAUCCAGGAUCCAAUUUGGAAAACUCAAAUCCAUCCCCCAAAAUGCUGGAUCCUUUGUGGAAAAUUUGAGUCCCCCCCAAUAAUCCUGUAUCCCAUUUGAAAAACCUUGUGAAAUCUACACCUUACUGGAAUAGAUCCAUUAAAUAUUAGAAACCUAGCAUUUAUCAAUUUAUUAUGACUAUCAAGUGUGAUUUGCAUUUGUGAUGUAUUUACAAAUUUGUCAAAUACACCAAGUUGUUGUAGUGUUGUUUUUUGUCAUGCAUAGUUAUGUUAUUUGAUUAGCACAUUCAUAUGCACCGGUGUACUGAAAGUAUCAGGCAUACAACCAAAUAUUGGUAACACGUUACUGUGCUUUAUAACUGAUGUAUACAUGUAUAUAAAGUGUGCGAUAUUUUGUGAUGUUGUGUAAAAUAUUUCUGCCAUUUUAAGAGUGCUAUAUCAGAAUGAACAUUUUGUAUUAUUAGAGGUGUGCUCUUUUGUUUUAUUUUGGGUUUUUUUCCCAACACAAGUAUUUGAAGCAUUUAUAAAGAAUCUGUAGUUAGCAUUUUGUUUUUUUUUUCUGAGAAUUAGUGGAAUUUUAGGUAAAGUUAUUUAUUUGCUUGAAGUGAGUUACAAGUAAUUGAGUUGAGCAGGUAUAUGUUCAUACAUGUACAUGUAUGUAGUAAAGUGCAGUAGUUGUACAUGAAAUAUUAGCAUGUUAGACAUACUAAUAUUUUUUUUUUGCAAAAGUACUGCAUAAUCCCAUUAUUUAUGAAUAAAAGUGUAAAAAAUACAAGUAGAAUUUUUUGAUAUGUGCACUUUAUUGCAUUCAAAUGUGAAGGUAUUUCGUAAACAAGAGAAGUGAACUUUGAAAGUGGUUGGAAUUUUUUUUUUAGUUACAUACUACAUGAUACUUGUAACAGUAUCGUCUUUGUUUAGUAUUAUUGAAGGCAAACAGUUCUUUAAUUUGCAUGUAUGUUUUUAGUAAAGCAGUAAAGUAUUUUAGCAUUUUCAUUGCCAUUGGAAUUUAUCAAUGUUCAUAUAAAGAGGAUUGUUUGACAAUUUUUGUUGCAGCUGCCAUAUUGAUUAAGUUAAACGGUCCAUAACUUUACACAUAUUAGUUGUCACACAGAUAUAAUCUUUUUUUUUUUGACCAGAGUAAAUCUGACUUUUACAAAACUAACAACCUGAAAGCUCAAGGGAAAAAAAGUAUUCAAAAAAACUUGCUUAAAAUUCAUUCUUGAUUACCUUGACACCUCUGUAUACUUGCAAAUUCACUUGGCAUAUUUUUACCUUUUCAUUGCAGGUUCUUAUGUCAUGUGAGCUUCUCUUCAUAAAAUAUUGAUGACUUAUAUGCUAAUGUUUUUGUUUAAUGGAUGAAAUUUAGAAGUAUAUCUAAUUCAAUAAACAUUUUAUGGUGAAAGUUAUAUAUUACACCAAGAAUAUGAUUACCGUGAUCAUAUUAUCCAAUAAUGAAAACUUUACUUGAAUAGAUCCAUUAAAUAUUAGAAACCUUUUAGAAAUUAUCGAACAUAUUUCUUUAAACUUGGUUAAGAUUUCAUUGAGAGUUUGUACUUGAUUUAAAGAUUUUUUAAACCAAGAAAUAUUUUAAUUUCUCUAAACUUGAAAUUAUCAAAGGAUUGUUUUUCUUUAGAAAAAAAUUCAUCUUGACAAGAGUGAGUAUUUGAAGUGUUUGUAUUUUAGUUUGGUCAAGCAUCCUUUCUUCUGCUAUUACUAGGCCUUAGGCCAUUCUUUAAACAAAAGCAAUCAGUGUAAAUAACUAUGUUCAUUUUAACUGUAUUUUAUUGACCACAUUAAAUGUGUAAAUUUUAUUUAUUUUUUUUCAUUUUAAAUUGCAAGAAAUAAACUUUAAACCAAU